AUGCCGCCGUCCACCUCCGUGCUGGGGCGAAGAGCCGCAGCUUUCGUGCUUCCCUACUUCCGUCCCCCGGCAUCUCUCACCAUCCGCCAAACCUCGCAUCGCCAAACCAUCUCGCAUCGCGACCUAACCGCCCGCCCGAACCGCAUCCGGUGCUGCGCGGCCACGGGCGCGCCCGUCGCAACAAACCCAAACCCCCCUUCCGUGAAGCCGGCCAGCGGCGUGGACGGCCGCCCGAACAUCAUCGACGUCCUCGAGUCGCGUGGCCUGUUCGACGCGUCGACGUCCGACCCGGACGCUCUGCGCGAGCUCUGCGCGAAGCCGGUCGGCGUGUACUCGGGCUUCGACCCGACUGCGGACUCUCUACAUCUGGGCAACCUGCUCGCCAUCCUCGCCCUCGCGUGGUUCCAGCGAUGCGGACACCGCGUGUACGCCCUCGUGGGUGGCGCUACCGGAAAGAUCGGCGAUCCGAGCGGGAAGAGCGCGGAGCGCCCCGCUAUGGCGGAUGAGACUAUCGCGAACAAUCUUGCGGGAAUAGAGGCAAAUUUGAGGCAGGUCCUCGACCGCUCGGCGAGGGAGAUGAAGGCUGCGGGGGAUGACGGCAUUCAGGAGCCUGUGGUUGUCAAUAAUAACGACUGGGUCGCCCCCAUGUCGUUUCUCGACUUUUUGAGGGAUGUGGGCAAGUACGCGAGGGUCAACACAAUGAUGAACAAAGACUCUGUCAAGACGAGAUUGGCCAGCGAGGAGGGGAUGAGCUUUACCGAAUUUACCUAUCAGCUGCUGCAGGCGUAUGACUUUAUGCACUUGAGCGAUAAGCAUGACGUGUCGUUUCAGUUGGGGGGCUCCGAUCAGUGGGGCAACAUCACCGCUGGUACCGAACUCACGCGCAAGCUCAAGUCGCGAAUCGUGCAUGGCGUGACAUUCCCGUUGCUCACUACCUCGGAUGGUAAGAAGUUUGGCAAGAGCGAGAAAGGCGCAGUUUGGUUAACGCCCGACAAGUUGUCGCCAUACGAAUUUUAUCAAUUCUUGGUGCGCACACCAGACGACGAUGUCAUCCCCUUUUUGAAGCGAUUGACUUUUAUGCCGUUAGAUGAAAUUGAUCGUAUUGCAGAAGAGAUGCAACGCCCCGACUAUACGCAAAACUCCGCACAAAAGCGACUGGCGGAAGAAGUCACAAGAAUGGUCCACGGCGAGAAGGGUGUCGUCUCUGCACUAGCAGCCACUGCUGCCGCAGCACCUGGCAGUAAGGCGGUUCUGAGCGUCGAAGCUCUAGAAGCGAUCUCGGCUGACAUGCCGAGCGCCACUAUGACCCGAGCUGAUGUCGUCGGUGGCGGGAUUUUGGACCUAAUGGUGCAGUCGGGACUCCAAAAGUCUAAAGGAGAGGCAAGAAGACUCAUCAAAGGCGGAGGAGCUUAUUUGAACAAUGGAAAGAUUACAACCGAAAAGCUCUCUAUCUCGGAAGAGGAUCUGGUCGGCGGAAAAUUGAUACUUCUUGCUGCAGGAAAGAAAAAUAAACUCGUCGUGCGGGUGGAAUAGGCUUGAGUGUUUCACGUCUUUGUCAACGGCAUACAUAACAU